AUGAAGAAGAGUACUAAAACUUAAGUAACUACCACUUAAAAGCAGAAUGUUAAAUCUCCCACUAAAAAGACAACAGAAAUUCAAUAAGAAUCUAUGUUAUAAAGUGGAAGAGAUUGGGCUAAGUAAUCAUAUCGUAGUUCUCAGAGUCCAUCUCAACACAGUCCUUCUGGUAUUAGUCCAACAACAAAGAGAAUGUCAUCUUCAGCAGUUUAGAUACCUUAGAAUAUUAGAAUGCAAAAGAGACAUUCAUCUAUUGUUGCUAAAGGAACAGAGAUGCAUUAAAGAUCAGUUAUCAAAUACUUAGGUUUAAAUUUAGAACCUGUAUGUGAUAAAAAGAAUCAUGAAAAAAAUAAAUUAAUUUAUAUCUGCUAACAUCCUUUAUGCAAAGCUUAAAAACGAUUAGGAUGUGCAUAUUGUUUACUGGAAGAACAUAAUAAUCAUGAGACAAUGGAAGUAUAACAAUUUUGUAAACUUUUUGAUGAAAAAUAUAGAGAGUUUUAGGAAUAAUGUGGUUCUAUUCAAAAAAUGCCUGAAAGAGUUUCAGAAGUCAAAUAAAAGUUUGAGUAAUUAACAAAAGAAAUAUUAUAAAAGCUUAAAUUAAUAGAACAAGGAAUUAUAUGUGCAGUUAAUGGUUUUCUCUUUUGGGAAAAUAAAGAAAAUGGAUUGACUGAAUAAGUAGAGUAACUCAUAAAAAAGAAUAUUUAUGAUAUGACUUAAGAUGAACUUUUUGAGAGUAUAGAGUUUAUCUAAGGAAAACAUAUAAGAGAAAUUACACAGAUUGCUACAUAAACCAAUUUAGCUGUCAAAAAAAGAACAAUUUAAUUAGAUUUGACUUGGUAGACAUACUUUCCUCAAUUAGAAUCUGAUAUAAUGUAUGCUUUAGAUGACAAUAAAGAAAUGUUUAUCUAAGAUCAAGAUCUUAAUCUUAUUAGAUUGCAAAAGAUUGAAAUGAAAUAAUAACGAUUAGAUGGAUUAUCUUAAUAAAUUAAAGAACAAAUUCAAAAUAAUAAUACUAUAUAAUAGAAGAUACCAGGAUUUAAAUAAGAAGAAAUAUAGAUGAUGAAUAGUAUUGUAAGUUAAGCUUUGGACAAGGUGGCAAGUCUUCCUGAGAUUAAAAAUGAAUUUAACAAUCAUUUUGAUUCUAUGCAUACAGAUGGACAGACAGAAUAAGAUUUGGAUGAAUCUCAAUAGAAAAUUCAAGAAAAUGUAAAUACAUUCCCUCAUAUCAUCUAUACUUAAGAUUGUGAACAUAGAUAACCAUGUAAUACAAUACCUAUAUUUGCUUGUUGUAAUAAAGCUUAUCCUUGUGCUCAAUGUCAUGGAUAUAAAUAGCAUCCUCCAAAAAUAUCAGUUCCUAGCUAUCGUUAUUGCAUGAAGUGCUUAGAAAUUUAUUUAGUCAUCUAUCCUACCAAUCAAGCAGUCAAUUGUCUAAAAUGCUAAUGA